UAUAUUUUAUUCUCGUUUAUCUAUUACUAUGUGUAUAAUGACUCAUUGGAUGUUGGAUGCCCAUCCAUACUUUUCCAAUAAGACCCUCCUCCUCACAUUCCUAGCUUUUAGCAAGCCAUCCCCAUAAAUAAAAAAGCCGCACUAAGCUCAUUGUUCGAUCUGUUCCCUUUCUUUCUUUUUCAUGUUAGCAAGUACUCACGGAAACACAGACACCACAGCAAUGUCUGGCUCCAGAAAGAAGCUUCUUCUGAACACCGUGUCCGUGAAACUAGGCUGCGGCACCUGCAGAAGACCAAACCUGUGUCGCAUAUUCCACCCGAAGCCAAAACCCAAGAAUCUUAACAACACUUACCGAAAGCACAAACAUUCUUCUUCUUCUUCUUCCUUUUUUUCAGGCCAAUGGGGUGGUGAGGACAAGUGUGACAGCACCAGCACCACCCCCACCCCCACCCCCACCAACACCACAUUCUCACCCUACGUUGAUUCCUCGCACUUUUCUGACUCAGAUUCGUACGUGAAGGCCGUGGGGGGUUUAGGCAGAGCUGGGAAAGAAGGUGUGGCUGUGGAGAAAGACUCUGAUGACCCUUAUCUUGAUUUCAGACAUUCCAUGCUGCAAAUGAUAUUGGAGAAUGAGAUAUACUCCAAGCAAGAUCUCAGAGAGCUUCUCAACUGCUUUCUUCAGCUGAAUUCACCGCACCACCAUGGUGUCAUAGUCAGAGCUUUCACUGAGAUCUGGAAUGCUGUUUUCUCUGUGAGGUCCAGUUCACACAUCAACCGUAAGCCACGUGAGUUCUAAGUAAUGCACGUGAUCGUAGGUUGUUAAGUUAAGAUUAACACGUUGUAUAUGUAGUAGCUGCACUGAGUGCUACUAUGUUCUAGGGUAAAUAUCUAGUCCAACUUAUUAGGCACAAACUUUUUUGAGCUAUGCUAAUUAGGUUGCUAACGUUGUACUAGUAUUGUAUUACUGUAUUAGUAAAUAGUAAUACAACAUUUUCAUCAACCAAAUGUAAAAAGGGAACUAUUCUUAUC